GAAAGAAAUGAAACCAUGCGGGUAAAGGCCCCCCUGCUUGGCAGGGAUGAGAACUAUGUGGGAGUGGCCACGUUUCCUGACAGUCAGGUAAAGUCAGAUUUAAUGAUGAGCAUUUUCACCCAGCAGGACAGAAGGUGCAGCUCCUCUGGACAGCCUGACAAGAUGAAGCAGCUUCUGUUCUCAGUGCUGGUUCUUGUACUGGUAUCGCUCUGCAGUGGACAAGCUGCCGUGUGCCGUCAGCAGCCAUGUCCUGAGUACCAAACUGUGGACACAAAUGAGGAUUUUGAGGAGCGACGUUAUGUUGCUUCUGACUGGAUCACCACUAAGGUGGACAGCACCAGUGACAUCGACAUGGUGGCUGCAAGUAAUAGACUGAAGGCUUACUGCCAGAGCCUGAAGGAAGCAGGUCAUGAGAUGCCCGACUCCUGGCCUGUCUUAAUCACAGUUAGGGAGGGGGAAGAUGCUCUGGAUUUGUCCUUGUCCUGGUUCGUCCCUCCUGGUGUAAAGGCUGGAAUCACUGAUGCAUCAGUCACACUGCAGCACAAAGAUGCAGCCACGGUCUAUGUCAGGGCUUUCAGUGGCACACCAAGCCUCAGCAGUGGUCAAGAAAAUGUUCAAAUCCUUCGUGAGGCCCUGGUUAAAGCUGGGAAAAGCUUUGAUCUGCGCAUCUUCGUUGGAGUUGGCUAUGAGCCUUAUUACUCUCUCAUUCACCACAACGAAGUCUGGAUUUAUGCUGCCUGACAACGGCUGUACUGCAUAUGAUUGUUGCACUGUAUUUAACUCAUCCUAGAUUAAUGUUUUUACACUUGUUUCCUUUAGAGUUCCAGCAUGAUGUUGUAAGAUAACAGGUGCUUAUCACACCAGUAAAAUCUUUAUUUCUCCUCAGUCUAUUCAGGCUGAAAUAAACAUGCUGUUUGUUGUCUGCUGCUGUUGGUAGAAACGUGGUGGAAACCAGUCUCAGCUAAGUUUUGGUAUCUGUCUUUUAGUUUAGCUGAAUCUAAUGUCUUGUGCUAUAAUCUAGUCAUGCUCCAUAUAUCCACCCUCUCAUCCAUUUUCUGUAUUCAUUUAUUCAUAUUAGCUGUAAGAAAAUAAAUUAAAAAUCAAUACGAUAAUACAAUGUGUGCACAAUUAAAACUAUAAAGUUGA